UUUCAGAGAGAGCAAUGGAAGAUUCUUAAAUCCACAAUCCACAGCCAAAUUUUCCGAGCAGAUAGAAACAAUAUCAAAGAAGUUAUCAAGGAGUUGUUCCAGGUGAAUCUUAUCCGAGGACAAGGCAUUGUUGUAAGAGAAGUGAUGAAGGCUGUUGAUGAUCGAUAUGUAGCAGUAUAUUCGAGUAUUAUUGCAGUGCUAAACCUGAAGAUACCCGAAAUUGGCGAGCUUCUUGUCCAACGAUUAGUGCUUCAAUUCAGAAAAUACUAUAGGGCCAACAAUAAGCAAUAUUCUCUUGGUUCGGCACUAUUCAUUUGCUAUUUGAUCAACCAACAGGUGGUUAGUGAAAUCUUGAUUCUCCAGAUUGUGCAAUUGCUCUUGGAGAGUCCUACCGACGACGACAUAGACAUAGCCAUAAACUGCUUGAUGGUAGUUGGAAAGUAUUUAAGUAUAAACUCAGCGGUGGCGAACAAUAUGAUUUACUCUCGGUUGAGAGACAUUUUACAUGACAAUAGGAACAUUAACGAGAAGAGCCGUGAAGCGAUCCAGGACCUUUUUCAAAUACGCAAAACAAACUUCAAACAGUAUCAGAUUGUAGAAAAGAAGUUAGAUUUGGUGGAAAAUGAAGAUAAGGAGACCCAUAUAAUAGAGCUUGGAGAGGAGAUACAUUCGCGAAACGAACUUAAUAUCUUUACAGUAGAUGAAGAGUACGAUGACAACGAGAAAGAAUACGAUGAGAUACGAAAAGAGAUUCUUGAUGACAAAAAAGAGGAAGAGGAACUGAAGGAAGAGGAAAAAGAAUCAGAAGUCGUGAAAUUAGACAUUGAAGACAUGACCCAAUCUGAACUACUACAAUACCAGAAAACAGUAUAUUUAACAGUGAUGUCUUCGCUUUCUUCAGACGAAGCAGUGCAUAAGCUCUUGAAGCUUUCGUUCUCAAAGUCGAACUCCGAUAAGCUCAAUACGAACGAAAUUCUUGCUGACAUGAUUGUGAAGUGUUGUUCACAGGAAAAAACUUACUCCAAGUUCUUUGGGGUUAUAGGAGAGAAACUCUGUUCUAGAAAUAAAACCUGGCAGUCCAUCUUUGUACAAUUGUUCAAGAAAUACUACGAGACGAUAAAUCUGUUUGAAACGAAUGCCUUGAGAAAUAUAGGUAAGUUCUUUGGCCAUUUGUUCGCUUCAGACAAGUUAGCUAUAGAUCAAGCAUGGAAUGAUAUUAAGCUUACUGAAGAAUCCACCAAUGCCGCUAGUAGAAUCAUGCUAAAGUUCAUUUUUCAAGAAAUGAUCGAAGAGUUGGGUACCAAUGAACUCAAGGAACGACUUAUUAAUGACGACUACAUAAGAGACAAAAUUACAGGCAUCUUUCCUGUUGUGGACGUGACAUGGAAAGAUGCUGAACAUCUCCGUUUUUCAAUAAACUACUUUACAGCCAUUGGACUAGGAGUGCUAACUGAAGAUAUGAGAGACAUCUUAAAGGAUCUUCCUCCUCCGCCGGCUGUUGAGGAAGAAAGAGGAAGAUCCAAAUCUAGGGCGAUGAGAUCACGUAGUGAAUCACGCAGCUAUUCAAGAAGCGGAAGCUACUCAAGAAGCUAUUCAAGAAGCUACUCCAGAAGUAGAAGCAACUCUAGAAAUUCCAGAAGCUCUAGAAGUAGAAGCUACUCGAGAUCUCGCCCCGAUGCCAGAAAUCACUCGCGGUCACGAACUCCAUCCAAAAACCGUUAUCAGACCAAAAGAGCCAACUCGAGGGAGCUGUCUCAUGUCCCUUACAAACGGAACAAAUACUGA